AUGGCCGCCCGUGUUGCCCGUAUGCUGGGACUCUUCGGUGCCAUGGUGGCGUUCUCCACGACGCCUGUCUCCGGACAACUCUUCGGCACGGUGAACUGCGUUCUCUGCCAAGUCCAAGCCGAGACGGCUCUCGCCUCGCUCGACGCGGGCGUGAGCGAGCCUGUGGCCGUGGCCGAGCUGAAGAACUAUUGCAACGGGGGGGUUAUCCAAGCCCUCGACCUCGCUGGCCCAUGCGAUGCGUUUCUGGACGCGUUUGGGUUCCAGUUGGUGCAACUGGUGGCUGAGCAUUUGGACCCUGAGACGUCUACUAAUGAGAAGGAGGUGAAAUUUGAGUAA